AUGUCUGAUUCAAACAAUCAAGAUAAUGGUGGUGUUGAAAAUGAAACGGAACAAAGACCCAACGGUGGAGGAGAUGAAGGCGACGCAUGGGGAAGUCACGAUUCUUCAUCAGUACGGCGCUACGCAAAAAUGCCUGUAGAUAGGAAUGCACCAUUUUAUAAUAUGAACCAUAAGCACCGCGGAAUGGCAAUCAUAUUUAACCACGAGCAUUUCGAUAUACACAGUUUGAAAUCGCGUACAGGAACAAAUGUUGAUAGUGAUAACUUGUCGAAAGUACUGAAAGGUUUAGGAUUCCGUGUUACUGUUCUGCACAAUUUAAAAUCUGGUGAGGUAAACAAAUAUUUACAACAAACGGCUGAAAUGGAUCACACUGACAAUGACUGCUUACUUAUUACGGUGCUGACUCAUGGGGAAAUGGGAAUGUUAUACGCCAAAGAUACCCAUUACAAAGCAGAUAAUCUUUGGUACUAUUUCACUGCUGAUAAAUGUCCAACUUUGGCAGGAAAGCCUAAAAUCUUCUUCAUUCAAGCUUGCCAGGGUGAUAAAUUAGAUGGCGGAAUAACCCUUUCCAACAGAACUGAAACAGAUGGCUCCUCAAGUGCCACAUACAGAAUUCCGAUUCAUGCUGACUUUUUGAUAGUGUUUUCUACAGUUCCAGGUUAUUUUUCUUGGAGAAACACAACCCGUGGUUCUUGGUUUAUGCAAGCCAUGUGUGAGGAGCUCCGUUACUCAGGUACUGAUCGGGACAUCCUAACAUUAUUAACAUUUGUAGCUCAAAAGGUGGCACUUGAUUUUGAAUCAAAUACACCCGAUAUGUUGCCUAUGCACCAACAAAAACAAGUGCCUUGCAUCACCAGUAUGCUUACAAGAUUACUUGUAUUUGGCAAGAAGCAAUGAACUACCAAAAAUGAUAGAACUAUUGAUUCUUUAUAUUACCAGUAUUAGUGUGAUUGUAGGAAUCUUUUUAAUAUUUUUUAACGUAAUAUCUAGUUUAAAUUUUACGGCAUUUAUCUCUAAAUGUGUUUUGUUUUUGUAAACUUAGAACAAACAGCAAUGGUUCUAAUUUAUUUACAAUGAUUUUCUUAGAUCUUGUAAUUACUUUACUAAUUUUAGUAUCUAUUUUUUAUUCAUAAAUAUUUUGAAAAUAGUAAUGUUGUCAUAAUAAAAAUAUAAAUAAAAAAAAUGCAGUUUAUAAUUAAUAUGCAUUUAAGACAUUCAUUUAUGUGCUCAAAUAUAAUAUGUAUGUAGUGUAUAAUGCAUGCACAAAGUUUUUAUAAAAUUAUCUAAUAGUUUUUAACAAUUUACUAUGAUAAUAUAAAGUAUGUACUUAAGAA